ACUUGGUAUAUGGCAGCUCUGUGUGUGUGUGUAUGUGACACCGACUCGAGGGCACACUUUACCAGAAGACCAGCUCUCAACCUCUGUGCCAAUUGCUCUCCCCCUGCUAAAUAGAAGAGAAUCACCCUCUUUAAAGUGCCUCUGCUCAGUUAGCAGGGGGUCUGUCCAGUCAAAGCCUUUAUGAUGAAGGGCUGUUGGGCAUUUUGUGGCUUUCUCUCUAACACAUACAUACCGGUUUGGAUCUUAGGUCUGUUUCUAAAGUGGGGAAGACGCAGUAUAGUAACUGUAAAAAAAGCAGCAAGGCCUCUUUUAACAAAGUUGACUUAUGUGCAGGAGAUUUAUUUUUAUUUAAAAAUUUUUUUAGAGCAACUAGAAUUUGGAGCGUGGGAAGUGGUGUGCUGAAAUCUUAUCACGUGACCCUGCAAUAGAGUUAUUUUCUCUCUCUUUCUUUUUCUGUCUUCCUGUGUUAUGUUGUCUGAUCUUUCAGCUCAGUCUAGACACAAAAGGGAGAAUAGACUUUUACUAUUCAGAACUACAAUAUCUUCAGAUGUAAGCUUCAGGCAGAAAUGCUGAGCAGAACUAUGCAUAAGCCAAGGCUGGGAAAAAUAUUGUGGGUUUCUGAGUGCUGACAUCAAAUCUUCAGUGGCUGGGGAAUGCAGAGUUUCAUCAUGCAUGCAAUGAAGAGGCCAGUUUGACUCCCAAGAUGCAGAGAAGAAGGCCUUUGGAACACUGUCUGAGACAUGGAUUUGACUGUGAUCCUCAGUGCAGUUAAGGCUGGCUGACUCAUGUACAGGCCCGCAAGAUUAAAUGGGUCCAGUAACUGGAAUGACUCCAGACAAGAAAGCUGAAACUCCAGGAACAGAGAAAGCCGCAGGGCUAAGGCAUAUCCAAAGAAUGGGAAGUUUGCCAGAAGCGGUCGAUGCUGCUCGGCCGAAAGCCACAGCUGUAGAUAGCGAAUUGGCUGAUGACGAGCUCACAAACUUGAACUGGUUGCAUGAAAGUACUAACCUUCUAACAAACUUCAGCCUCGGAAGCGAGGGUCUUCCAAUGGUUAGUCCUCUGUAUGACAUUGAGGGUGACAGCAUGCCACCCUAUCCUUCAUCCUGCUACUCAAAUCCAGAGAAGAAAUCUGCAACUUCCAAGCCCCCAUAUUCCUUUAGCCUCCUCAUAUAUAUGGCCAUUGAACAUUCUCCUAAUAAAAGCUUGCCUGUGAAAGAAAUAUACAGCUGGAUCUUGGAACGCUUCCCGUAUUUUGCUACGGCUCCCACUGGUUGGAAGAACUCUGUCCGGCAUAAUCUUUCCCUUAACAAGUGUUUCCGAAAAGUGGAGAGAAGCCAUGGCAAGGUGAAUGGAAAAGGUUCCUUAUGGUGUGUGGACCCAGAGUAUAAACCUAACCUUAUACAAGCUCUGAAGAAGCAACCCUUCCCUUCUGCGUUUACAUUUUAUACACCACCAGCAUCACCACUGAGUGGUUCAUCAUCUCCCCACUACUUAACCUCAGUCUUGAAACAGAGUCAAGGUCGAUCUAUCAAAGACUCUGAUAUUGAUGCUGCUACUGCCAUGAUGCUGUUGAAUACUUCCAUUGAACAAGGCAUUUUAGACUGUGAAAAGCCGCAGCCUCUCAAGCUCUCUAAAAAAAGGAACUACGGCAACGCGUUCCAUAACCACAGUAAGGCAAGCCAGCAGGAGAAGAGUGUCGCAGUCCCCAGCAUUGACCCCAAGGAGGAUCACAAUUACAGCGCCAGCAGUGUGGCCUCGCAGCGGUGCACAUCUCUAUCCAGCGUGUCUUCCCUCUCCUCCAUCGACGAGGUCUACGAUUUUGUCUCGGAGGCCAGCCGGGAAGGAAGCGACGACAGCGAAGGGUUCCACAGCGAAGCAGACACAGACGGUGAUGACGGCGACCCCCUGGCAGGCAGUGGGUUUACUGUGCAGCCACACAUCGGUACCUCAGGCAAGAACCAGCCUCGUCAAAAAGCCCUGGAGGAGCUCUGCCAGGAAAUAGACGAGGAACUGAAGGAGGCCGCUGGGUCUCUGCUUCACUUAGCCGGGAUCAGUACGUGUCUAGGCUCCCUCAUAAGUACUGCAAAGACCCAUAGCCAGAAACGGAGGAAAAAAAAUAGUGACACCAUGUGAAAUGAGACCUCUCUUGAUUUGGAUAUAAAUGCGCAUUUUAUUUUUUAGCGUGGCAAUACUCCUCUACUUUUUACCCUUCACAAGGGUGAUCAAAGCCAUAAAAGGACUUUUUGUUUGUCUUUAAUUUUUGCAGGAUAUAGUUUCACAAUUUUUUUUAAACUGGUUUUUUAAAUGGUAAGGGUGGUGGUCGUGAUUUUUAGGUAUUGAAGAACUGAUUAAAAUUGCAAAAAAAAGAAAAAAAAGGUGGGCUAAGGAAACCCUAACUGCUUUAUUUUCCCUUUAUAAUUUUAGCAAAGAUUAUUUGAGAUUUUCAGCAGAGUGGUUUGGAUUCACAUGAGUGACAUUGCCUGUUUCAUCUCAUGCUAAAGGUGAAAAGUUCCAUCUUGCCUUAGGUAGGAGGUUGUACAGAGAUCAUCUGUUUGUAUUAAGUUAACUUGAGGGAUUCAUGACCCCAUGCAGAUGGAGCCUUGCAUAGAGUGCAUGUGUAGUGGGAAUAGAUAAUUGCUCCAUGAUUUCCAGUGCACCUAUCCAAACCUGCCUGAUGUUCAUAUGCUGGACACUGCUUUGGAACUGGGGUUUGCAUGCAUAAAAUCCAGUGUGCAGUCUCGGUCUCUCACUCUCGAAUUUUGAAGAGUAAGGAUUGCCUGGAUCAGAUUUGCAUGCAGUGGUCUACUUUUGUCUGUACAGUCAUUAGCUAUCAAGAUCAGGAGAUCAAGCAAGGUGGGCUUGAUCUUGGUUGGGCUCUUCACACCUUAGCUUCUCUUCCAAAGUAGUACCCGGCAUGCCAAAUUAGAUGGGCCUGAAGUUGGAGCAUGGGCACUGGGAGUGGGAGAAUAUGCAGGUCAAUCUCUCUCUCACUCCUCCAACCUUAUGCACUAAGAGCCUUGUCUGUGUCAGGAUCUGGAACGUGUAGUGGGUUGGGACUUGGAACAUCUUCAUAUGUUGUGUUCUUACACAAUGGCAAACAGAGGAGAGGUUUAUUGCCUUCCACCUUUGCUUCCAUUGUUGUGCAAUUGUCUUGAGUGCAAAGAGUCCCUAGUCCACAAUAAUCCCAAAUACUAUAAAGCUGCCAUUGUGGACCAGUUGCCAUUUGACCAAUAGCUGCAGUUAUCAUGUGGGAAAGAUGUAACAUGUGAACUUGAAUCUAGAGUUCUAGAAACACCUAGAGUUUCCCUCCUAUUUGUGGCAAAAGAAUUAAGAAGCUGGGUCCUUCUUCUGUAGUCUUGAAACCCCAAUUAAGUGAAAAAUAUUGAUUGCUAAGUUGUAAAAGGCUAUUGUAUAGAAAACCUGCUCUUAAAUGUCCAGGUAAAGCAUUGCAUAAUGGUGAUUAUGUGUGUGCGCACACCAUUUUAAGGUUAAGAUUAGCUGAUAUUGGUCUAAUUCUUACUGAAGCGGUAAACCUCUGUCUAGCCUAGCCUAGCCUUCUCCCUGACAUGCUGUUUUCUGAGUAGGAAUCUUUAUUUCAGGGCGGAGCAUCCCAUCACAUGAACCCCCACUUGUUGUCUGAAGUGGUCCAGCCCAAAUACUGUUGUACUGCCUCAGUGAGAAUGAAACCUUUGAAAGAGGGUUUCCCCUGAAUGCUCUCAUGCCGCUUGGAAGAUCAGCCAUUUCUCCCCCUACUGCGUUCUUCUGUUUUGCUCUGAAUUAACUGAACAAUUCUUGAAAAACCAGUAUAUAAGAUACAGCCUUUAAUGGGUACUGUUGAAAAUAAUGUCGUGUGAUGUACACACUCUUGUUAAGACACUGAAAGGGGAUUGGAAGAUGUACUGUACGCCAGGGGUUCUCAAAUGGGGGUCCCCAGAUGUUGUUGGAGUGCAGCUCCCAUCAUCUCCAGCCACAAUGGCUGAGGAUGGGAGUAGUCCAAUGUCUGAGAAUCAAAGUCUGAGAACCCUACAUAUUUUUUUUUAAUUAGAUCCCCAUUGGAUCUUAAAACAGGGCUGCACAACUGCGGCUCUCCAGCUGUUGUUGGACAACAUCUCUCAUCAUCCCCUUCAGCCAUUGUGACUGAAUGGCACAUAUGCGCUUCUGGUCCUUCUGAGGUGGCAGCUCUGUUCCAUGGGUGCUCCACUGUGUGCAGCUGGAGGUGUGGAAAAUAUUUUGGAAGAGGGAGACAUGUUUGCAGUCAGUCUACGGUUCAAAGCCAACCAGGUCCAGGUUAGCCCUUUAGUUGUUCCCAUUGUCUGUACUGAUUAGUGGUUAGGACAGGAAGGAGGGCAGUGCACAUCACAGGGAUCUGAUGGCUUUGCCCACCUAUUCAGUUUCUGAAUAAGCAACCUGUUGGUGUUCCCUCAGAGCAGUGUGGGAAGGAGCCCUGAUUGAGAUGAAUGGCUACCCAGAAAGCGAAUUGCAGUGCUGCCGUGCUAGUAGGUUUCACACAUGGACCAGAUCCAUGGAAAUGUCCCCUGUGUGAGCCACCACAGAAAUAAACAGGAGCUUUUUUUCAAGAAGGCACAGCUACACUCUUAUGCCAAACUGCACAACUUUGACUCCAAAGCUGUUUUGGUCUACAACUCCCAUCAUCCCCAGCCACAAUGGCCAACAGUCAAGGUUUAUGGGAGUUAUAGUCCAACCUCUUCAGAAGGGCUAGAGUUGUGCAGCCAUGCUCUUAUGUUGUCCCUGUUCUUUUCAAAGCAUUCAUUUCUGGGCAGUGGGUUGGAGCCAUUGUGCUCUGUAGUUCUUGGAAUGUCUUGAAUGUUGUUCCAUCUUGAUCAAAGCAUGAGCCUAGCUGAUUUUGGCUGGUUUGCUGGGGUGGGUUGUGGCAGCUUGACGUGCCAUUUAAUCUUCACAUUGUUUUCUGGGUCUUGGAGUGUGAGCAAAAGGUCACAGGCUGCACCAGUUACGCAAAUCUACCUGUUGGAAAAACAAUUCCAAAUUACAGAUCACAACGUCAGGUUUUUGGCAAAGUAGAGUGAAGCUACAGUUUUAACUAGUAGCAAGUAAAGUGGAAGGUGGUUCUUCGCUUCCAUAGUGACAAAGUAGUAAGUUAGAGGUUUUUAUUUCACUGCCUUUUUGUGAAUAUUGCCUCCUUAUAGCCAGCAUAAACUAUGAUGCUGUAAUAAUUGCUGUAGCCAUUCUGUAGAGGUCCAGUGCAUUGACUGAGAUCAAGGAAGCCCAGUCAAAGAUUUCUUGUUAUUAGCUCUGGAAUGGUUUGCAUUGGCAAUAGAGGACAAAAACUGUGGUUUUUCUGGAUCACAACGGCCACCUAUUGCUCAACAUCCACAGAAGUUCUCCUGGGGUAGGCCUUAAGGUUGCAAGGGUCUAUGUAGCAUUUCUUUUUAGUAUAUCACAGCAAAUCUUUGUUAAAAUGGUGGCAAACUGUAAAUGGCUCUAGCUUGUAAUCACAUUGCUAGUUUCUAGACAAAAAGAAUCUAUAAUGCAUGGACGUUUGCACGCUCACCUCUUUGUUCACAACUUGCUCCAAUGUAAAGUGUAAACACAAAUGGUGCUUGUUUUGUAAAUCACCUGCUUCUCCUCUUCAGCCCAGAUGUUCUGAUGGAUUGGCCAAAGCAACUCUCUGCCUGCCAAAAGCGCUUUUAGAGCAAUUUCCUGUGUUUAUGAUUUUGGUCCCAGAAGUUCAGCCACAAGUCAACAUGGGAAGGACUGAUACCUGUAUCUACUUACGAGUCAGAGAUGGGUGGUAUUUUGUAAGUUAUUUCCAAAAUUGUACAGGCAGUGUGUUUUUCUUCUAUGAAAUACACUCCUAUAACAUUAAAACAGGGGUGCUCAAACGUUUUGAUACUGUUACCCUCUAAAAUAAUAUAUAAAACGGCAUGACCCGCCAUGUUUAAAGCUAUUGGAUGACAUCCAGACUAAUGCUGUGUAGACCAAAAACAGGUUGCUGAGGAUCAAGCAGUGUGUUUCCAGUCUGGCAGAGUGCUCCCAGGGUGUUCCCGAAGUGCAGUCAAGCUCUGAAAAUUAUUUGUGCUCCUGCACAAGAGUGGAAGAGUGACCAUGUUUUGGAAGACCAGCUCAGGGGCUAAUGCUCCAGUGAUGUUAGGACCACACACACUUUGUUAGGCAGGAUGUAUGUCAGCCAUUGAUUUGAUUAGGCAGAGAUAAAUAAAGCACAUUUACCUUUUAAAUGAGGAUGAGCUUGCUUGCUCCUACUUAGUUUUUCAAAUCUGAGUUUUAUGUUUGAGACUGCCAGUCUAAUGUUGGGCUCCAAGUUAAUUUCAAUAGGUAUUUGCUUAUUAUAGCAGCAACUACUGAAAACUCUGGUUCACACACAAGUAGGGAAUCAAGCAAAGGGGGUCAGUAUUUUCAUGGCUUUCUCACUUAAUUCUUUGUACUCCACUUGCACACUAAUCCAAAAUUCAGGAAGAGACACUGUCAAGACCGUGAAGCGAAGAAUUGCUCAGACUUCGAGGCAUGAGGAGAGGGACAUAAGCUGAAAACCACCCUGCUCCUCUGCUGCUCACAAAGCCAAGGACAGGUAAAGCAAUGGCAUUUCUUGGACCACUUGCUAGAUGAGCUCUAGUAAGUGUCUCCCGUGAGGGAACUCUCCCCUAGCCUGACAGCCAAAGAAGUGUCACUGCUGUGCCUGUCCUUGGCUUUGUGAGAAGCAGAGGAGCCGAGUUAUUGGCUUCUGUCUCCAUCUGCCUCCCAUUGCCCCUGACUAUCUCCACAUCUUGGACAUGUUGGGUAAGGCCUAGGUCCUCCUGACCUUCCUGAGUUGUUUGGGACCCCCUUUAAAGUGGUUUGAGGCCCCUAGGGGGUCCCAGCCCCAGUUUGAGAUCCCCUGCAUGAAAAGGUUAUGCCAAAGCAAUAUAGAAGCCAAAAUUGAGACGCUCUAGUGAGUUAAAAUGGCUGUUUAAAUAAAAAUGUGGGGCGUUGCUUGUUUUUGCUGUUGAAAGCUUUACAAAAAGGGUGCUUGGCGGGCCUCUUUGGGUAGUGUGUUUUACAGUUUUACAGUUGUGGUGCCACUCCAAAAAAAGAACUUGCUUGAGGUGCAUCUUGAUUUUACCUCCCUAAAAGAUGACCCUCCCUAGAAGAUAGAGCCCUGCCUGCCAGCCUCAGGGAUAAGAUAUUCCCAUCGACAAGUUGAGCCCAUGCUGUUAAGGCUCUUUCCCUCAUCUUCUCAAACAUAACCCAUGUCUGAACUCAUGAAUGGAUUGUAUUUCCUUCCCAUGUUGUGAUUUUUGCCUCAGCUGUGACUUGUGAGCAACCCCCUUAAAUGAAGAAUGAUGUCCGACUGCAUGGAAGUUCAUAUGAAUUCACUGUUUUUGCAAACCGAAACGCCUGUAUAGUAAGUGCAAAUGCGAAAUUUAAAGUCUUGUAUGUUACAUUGCUGACCAGAGAUGCCCUGUGCAUUAGCAUUUGUCCAAGAUAUAUGUGUUAAUAAUGUAUGUGGUGUGAAAUAUUUUCAUAGCAAUGCAGAUAAUGGGGCUGCUCUAUGAAGACAGUGUAUCUUUAGGUCCUGCAUAUCUUCUUAAGUCUGAAAAGAAUGAAAUCCACUUUCUGCUAAAACUGGCCAGAUUUUAAAAUGAGGCUCCUUCCCUCCUCCCAAACUCCAUUGUUCGGUCUUGUUGCCUUGCAUCUGACCUGAUCGCUUAUAGUCUUUCGUCUUCCCUUUAUUAAUGAAGUGUUGAGCGUCCCUUUUAUGAUAGAAAAUGUAUGUAGUAUUCGUCUGCAUUGAUUUAUGGUUUCUACAAUCUUUCCCAUGAGCAAAGGCGGAGCAGCAAAAGCAUUUGGUGGGAGCAAAAGCCGAGAGAACACAGCUCCACUUAAAAAUCCAUGUUAAAGGGCUGAAAUUGUGGCAGGACAAGAACUCUGUACCCCCCCACCCCACAAGAUCUCAGUGCUUGAGAUCUGGUCUAUAUGAUUAGUUCUGUAAACUGCAAAUUCAAGCAGCAAUUGCAAAUACCAUUUUUGAAUGCACUUCCAAAUAUAAACAUCUUCUGCAAGUAAGAAACUAGCACAUUAUGGGGGAAAGAUUCUCAACUCAUCCACUCCCUGAGGUGCUACUUUUCUAGGGAUUUCUUUUUAACAGUAGGGGAGUGUUCACAAAUUUGAUUUGUACUUCCAGUCUGAAGUGGUGCAGUCAGUUCUGUCACCUCGAGAGUCGUUCUGCAUUUGUAGAUCUAACAUGAAUCACACAGGAUGCAGUGGUAGAAUUCUGGGCUGUACCACUUCAGUCUGCAGGGGAGGAAUGGUAUUUGCGGAUUCUCCCCUAUUUAAAAAGCAAACUCUUCUUCCAUGCAUGUAGCAAGCAGCACAUCAGGGCAAAGGGUUCAGCAUAGUCCUUUCCCUGACAUGCAGUUUACUACCUAUAGGGAACAUUUUAUGUGGGAGUAAUAAAAAAAGGUGAGGGAGACCUCCCUGCUGCAACUGCAUUUUUAAGUGGUGCUGGCCAGAAUUCUGACCCCUCCCCUUUCCAUGUAACAUAUAUACCAGUUCUGAGAUCUUGGGAUGGGUCCCUUCACACAUUAUGAAGGUUUGAUUCAUUUGCAGAUGUAUUGUGGAAAGACUGCCGAAUGAGGAUGAUGUUGAUCAAGGACAGACAUGUUUUUGGUAUAAAUCUGCCCCCUGCUGUUUUCAUGUUUUGGGACCCGUACUCUGUCCUGAUCUCCACAACAGACUGACUGGAGUGAACAUGGCACGGCAUAGUCAACACGGCUAGAGUUCUAUCAGUUUGGGGCAGGGACUGGGAGACCAUUUUACAAGACUUAUGCCUUCCUAACUGUUUAAAGGUGAUUCUCUUCCUAGGUGUCCCCUGCCCUUUGUGUCUUGGUCUUUCCUUCCAGUAAAAAAACAGUAAAACAUACAUAGCAUUAAUCUAGAGUACAGUGACACUUGGCUCUCUCUUCCAGAAGUAGUUGCAUCUCUGGGUUACAUUCAGUGCAACUAUCCUACUUGUCAAUACUGCAUGCCCUCUUCAUACCAAAUUCCUGAAUAAAAGACUGUGUCCACAGGAAAAAAUACAUGGUAUAAUCCUCCAACAGGGACUAUACCACUUUAGAAUCUGGGUAGUUUAGUAUACAAUGAAAUGAAUCUUGGAUGUAACGAGCAUGUGUGAGAGCAGGCAUGUCUAGAAUCCUUCACCCUGACAUUAUCUUUUUCUGUCUCCAGGGAACAGUGUUCCCUCUAACAGGGAUUCCCAGAUGUUGUUGACUACAACUCCCAGAAUCUCCAAGCAAAAGCCAUUGCAGCUUGGGGUUCUGGGAGUUUUAGUCAACAACAUCUGGGAAUCUCUGUUAGAGGAGUUUAUGUAGAGAGCAUUUUGUCAGGGAGUUUAUGUGGGGAGCAUUUUGUCCCUGCAAUCCCUGCCUGUAUUCAAGUGGUAUAUUCUCAGGGUAACUGUGCCACAUACUAUUUUCUGAAUGUAUAGCUUAGCUUUUUGUUUCUUUUUGGUUUUAGUUCGUGUAGGAAGGAAGGGAAGAGGGCGUUGUAGCUUCAUUGUGUGCCCAGAUGAAAAACAAAUCCUGGUCCUGUUGCCACAGCAAAGACAGACAGGAACAGAUAUAUCUAGUGCUUGACACCUAGGAUAUCUAGGGCUUGGGUAAAUCUUGAAGAAGGAGUUACCCUUGAAGAAGUGAAGGUGUUGAAUGGUGGCAACCAUUCAGUAGGAACCAACUUUACCACCAUUUCAGUUAAUACACAAUUCAGAUGGAAAUUACAUUAUGCUUGAUACAGGGUGGCUAAUAAACAAGCAUCCCCGUGUGUCUAUUACUACUCCAUUAAAUGGAGGAUGGCUUACCCCAGGUCGUGCCCUUAUGAAGUGCUUCACUGCCAACCACGCCACUUCAUUGGUUGCUGCUAUCAAAGAUGCAUAUAGUGAUGUUCCAAGGUGGGGGAAAUGAUUCUGUAUGUUAUGGCAGAGAAAUAGAUAUGUGGAUGCCAUUUGAGCAGCAGCCAUGUGCCAAGCAUAACGGAUUGUUCACCCAUUUUGCGACUUGAUUUUGUUUGUUUGUUUAACUUGGCGAUCUUUUGUAGAUGGGUUCACACCGAAUCAUCAGUCUUAGCAACAGGUAGAAGGCAGUGGAAACUGUUAAGACCUACUCAGUUCCAAAAUGAAUAUGGAGAGGUUUCCAAGAGGCUCGCCCCUACUUGAGAUAAACACUGAUGCCACUGCCAUGCAAAUCCUUCUCUUUCAUCUUUCAAUGCUAAAUUAUAGCUUCUGUAAGAAUUGCAGGCAAUCCUUUUAGAAAGCCCAACUUUGAAACUUGUACAAUUUGCAGCUUCUUUGUUAGGCUAAAGCAAACUCUUUGGUUAAAGCAAAGCACACCCCGCCAUGCUAAUAAUGGGGUAGUCAAAAUAUUUAUUGAAAAAGAAGUGUAGAGUAUUUUAAAAAUAUUGUACCUGCCAUUUAUUUGGAAAAGCACAUUCUUCACAGCUAACUGCCAGUGCCAAUAAAAGGUCUGUUUUAGAAAUGUACAUUUUUUGCAGACGUUAAAGUGCAUAAUUUAAAGUAUUAUGUUGCCAUCUUACAGUGAUAUGAAACCAUUUCCAAUUGCCGAUUCAUUGUAACUAUUAUUUAUUUAAAAAGUGGAAAUUGUAAGAAUGCUUUCUGAUCAAAAUAACCAGAGUUCUUUUUAAACAAUUAGCUUGCCCCAUGUCCCCCCACCCCUCAAUGUAGCAUAAGAAAAAGCUCCUCAGAUUUAUUUAGAAUAACUCUGCCAGUAGAUAAACACCAUCCUAACCCUUUCCCCCCUGAUCCCAGUUGAGUAGUUUGCCUGGUUUAAAAAUAAUUUUACAGAUACUUUAGUUUUUGUAUGCUAACCUCUAUUAAUUAAAAUGUUUAUGGAGUUUAUUUUUACCAAAGAGAUGCAAUUCAUUAUGAUAAAGUAUUUCAAAAUAAACUUUGUUUUAUAACA